CCGGAGGAGUGCGGAGGGGGAGAAAAAAGGUUUGUGUGGACUUGACAAAGCUUUAGAGAUUACCACGGCAAAUGCUGCAUGGAGGGGAGCCGGACCUAGGACUGCCAAGGAAGCCCGGCGCUGCCGCUUUGGUGGAUGGAAGUGACUCCCCCUUUGCCCCACGCCUGGAUCUCCGCUCCCCCUGCCGCAGUGGAGGGAAGAAAAGGGUUUAAAGCCAGGCGGGUCGCUGUGCAGCCUUGGUGCUGCUUUUUAAACUCUCUCUUCCCCCGGCCACUGGGGUGAGCCUUUGGGGGCUGCUGCGCGCCCGCUCCGCAGCUUGGCGCGGCCCCGAGGUGGCGAGCGCCUGGAUGUGGAAUAACCGAGGGACGCUUGUUUUUCUUGGGAGAAGUUUCCCCCCCGAGGGAGCCGCGCUCCGGCACUUUGAUUCGUCCCGCGCACACGCCUGCUGCCGGGGGGACGCCGGCCGCUCACUCGGAGCCUUUGCAGUCAAGCAGCUGCAACAGUUACAAGUGAGAAGCUUUUUAUCAAGGCUGAAGGCACUGCUUCCAGUCCAUGCUUGUGUAGAAGUGUGCAGAUGGGAUUAAAUUCCAGAUGGAUAUAUGGAAAAGGACCAGGAACUGGCACUAAAAAAAUGGUCAGCUGCAGUUCAGUUUGCCUUAUAUGCCUGGUGGUGGUCACCAUGGCUGGACUUUCCUUGGCUCGGCCAUCAUACAAUUUAGUUGUUCAAGACACCACUUUGGAACCUGAAGAGCCACCAACCAAAUACCAAAUCUCUCAGCCGGAUGUGUACUCAGCACUUCCAGGAGAUCCAGUUGAGUUGCGUUGUCUGCUGAAAGAUGCCAUCAUGAUCAGUUGGACUAAAGAUGGGGUCCAACUGGGGCCCAAUAAUAGAACAGUGAUUAUUGGGGAAUACUUGCAAAUUAAAGAUGCUACACCCAGAGAUUCAGGCCUCUAUGCUUGCACUGCUGUUAGGACAACAGAAAGUGAUACAUUAUACUUCAUUGUAAAUGUUACAGAUGCUCUUUCGUCUGGAGAUGAUGAAGAGGACAAUGAUGGCUCAGAGGAUUUUGUGAAUGACAACAACCACAUGAGAGCACCCUACUGGACACACACUGACAAAAUGGAGAAAAGAUUGCAUGCAGUCCCAGCAGCUAACACCGUCAAAUUUCGUUGCCCGGCUAUGGGAAACCCAACGCCAACCAUGCGAUGGUUAAAGAAUGGAAAAGAAUUUAAACAAGAACAUCGCAUUGGUGGAUACAAAGUACGAAACCAGCACUGGAGUCUCAUUAUGGAGAGUGUAGUCCCAUCUGACAAAGGAAAUUAUACUUGUAUAGUGGAAAAUGAAUAUGGAUCCAUCAAUCACACAUACCAUCUAGACGUUGUCGAACGAUCACCACACAGGCCUAUUCUCCAAGCUGGCCUACCAGCAAAUGCCUCCGCAGUAGUUGGGGGUGAUGUGGAGUUUGUCUGUAAAGUGUACAGUGAUGCUCAGCCUCAUAUUCAGUGGAUUAAACAUGUAGAGAAGAACGGCAGUAAAUAUGGGCCAGAUGGAUUACCAUAUCUUCAAGUUUUAAAGGCCGCCGGUGUUAACACCACGGACAAAGAGAUUGAGGUUCUCUAUAUUCGGAAUGUAACUUUUGAGGAUGCUGGGGAGUAUACAUGCUUGGCGGGUAAUUCUAUUGGGAUAUCCUUUCACACUGCAUGGUUGACAGUUCUGCCAGCUCCUGAGGAAAAAAAAGAGUAUCCAGCAUCCCCAGACUACCUGGAGAUAGCCAUUUACUGCAUAGGGGUCUUCUUAAUUGCCUGCAUGGUGCUGACAGUUAUCAUAUGUCGCAUGAAGAACACUACCAAGAAGCCGGACUUCAGCAGUCAGCCUGCUGUGCACAAGCUGACUAAGCGCAUUCCCCUGCGCAGACAGGUAACAGUGUCUGCAGAUUCUAGUUCCUCCAUGAACUCCAACACACCUCUGGUGAGGAUAACAACUCGUCUCUCAUCAAAUGCUGAUGCCCCAAUGCUAGCAGGUGUCUCAGAGUAUGAACUACCAGAGGAUCCAAAAUGGGAAUUCCCUAGAGAUAAGUUGACCCUGGGUAAACCGCUUGGAGAAGGUUGCUUUGGGCAAGUAGUCAUGGCAGAAGCAGUGGGAAUCGACAAAGACAGACCAAAAGAGGCAGUUACUGUGGCAGUGAAAAUGCUGAAAGAUGAUGCUACAGAAAAAGACCUAUCCGACCUGGUGUCAGAGAUGGAGAUGAUGAAAAUGAUUGGGAAGCACAAAAAUAUCAUCAAUCUUCUUGGAGCCUGUACACAGGAUGGUCCAUUGUAUGUGAUAGUGGAAUAUGCUUCUAAAGGGAAUCUACGGGAAUACCUACGAGCACGGCGACCCCCUGGAAUGGAAUAUUCAUUUGAUAUCAACAGGGUACCAGAGGAGCAGAUGACAUUCAAAGACUUAGUAUCAUGCACAUACCAACUGGCAAGGGGCAUGGACUACUUGGCUUCACAGAAAUGCAUUCAUCGAGAUUUAGCUGCAAGAAAUGUUUUGGUAACUGAAAAUAAUGUGAUGAAAAUAGCAGACUUUGGUUUGGCCAGAGACAUCAACAAUAUAGAUUAUUAUAAAAAAACUACUAAUGGCCGGCUCCCGGUAAAGUGGAUGGCUCCAGAAGCCCUGUUUGACAGAGUUUACACACAUCAAAGUGAUGUCUGGUCAUUUGGUGUGUUGAUGUGGGAGAUCUUCACUUUGGGAGGUUCGCCUUAUCCAGGAAUUCCAGUGGAGGAACUUUUUAAGCUGCUUAAAGAAGGGCACAGAAUGGAUAAGCCUGCCAACUGCACCAAUGAACUCUAUAUGAUGAUGAGAGAUUGCUGGCAUGCCGUGCCUUCGCAGAGACCAACUUUUAAACAGUUGGUAGAAGACUUGGAUCGCAUUCUCACUCUCACAACUAAUGAGGAAUAUCUGGACCUCAGUGGACCCCUUGAACAGUAUUCACCCAGUUAUCCCGACACUAGGAGUUCGUGUUCUUCAGGUGAUGACUCUGUUUUUUCUCCUGAUCCAAUGCCUUAUGAACCCUGUCUUCCAAAGUACCAACACAUAAAUGGUAGUGUUAAAACAUGAAAGGAAAGCAUUCUUAUUCCUCAGAGGAAUAAAGAAACAAGAAUGACAACCUACCUACCAUAAGUAAAGAACUCUUUUCUCCAGGACCCUGAUGUUUCUGUUUGUACAUAUGAAAUAUAAUAAGAAAAAAUAUCUUGGAGGAAGAUGGUCAGAACAUGUGUAAAGAGUUAUAUCGUUUGGAUCUCUUAAGCAAUUCCAAAAGGAGAAUGUUGAUGGGUAUGGACGUACCUCACCGUGUCAAUUUUCUAGCUGGCUUCAAGAUGCAGUGGACUUUGUACAAUUGACCAGUUGGACUUAAGGCAAACUCUGAGUCUGCCUUUCUUGUUUAUUUUGUAAUAUUGAAGAAAAUAUAUGUUGGCACACACUUACAGAGCACAAAUGCAGUAUAUAGGUGCUGGAUGUAUGUAAAUAUAUUCAAAAUAUGUAUAAAUA